AUGGUGUACACCAUCCACCCGGCCGUGAUGGACGACUACAUCAACAACAUUGAGCAGUUUUUUGCUGGAGACAACUACAAGGUGGUCAACAUCGACCUCCAGGUCUGGGGCAGCACGAAGCAGGACUCACUGAUUGAACUCGCCUCGGACAUCAUCGACCCCUACUACGAAAAGAUGAAGCAGGACGCCCAGAGAAUAAGUCCCGCUAUCACCCGUCCCUCCCAGCCACUGUUGUUAGUCUCAAGAUCGCAGAAGAAGGGUGAGCAUGGCAUGGCAGAGCAGCUACAGCCGGCUCGCCGGCGACGAGGCCGCCGUGAUAUCCACCGCCGGCGGCGACGACGACUACUACGACGCAAAGAAGCUGAGGCUGCUUGGCUACGAGCCGCAGCUCAAGCGCAAUCUCUCGUUGUUCUCCAACUUCUCGGUUACCUUCUCGAUCAUAUCAGUCCUUACGGGCAUCACUACGUUGUACGGGACAGGUCUCGAGUUUGGUGGACCGGUGGCCAUGGUGUAUGGUUGGCCGAUUGCCGGCACCUUCACCAUCAUCGUCGGCCUAGCGAUGGCCGAGAUUUGUUCUGCCUACCCUACAUCCGGAGAACUCUACUUCUGGAGUGCCAGGCUCUGCAGCGAGCGAUGUUGGGGCCCCUUCGCCUCCUGGCUCACCGGCUGCCUGAUGAGGACAACCACAUCGUCAACGUACAUCAAGGUAUGAAAGCUGGCACCUCAGCACUGCAAACGGUGACAAGAUGCCCAUGCCCUCAGCCCUGAUCUCUUCAUCUCUCUCUUGCAUGUGGCGCAAAUGGCAAAAUGGCGUAUGCAUACAUUACAUAUACAUAUACGCUUGUGCUCCUUGUCGCCUCGAAUCCACCAGCCUCUGAUGAUUGGUUCAGUCGGCGAAACUUGUCUCUUCUCGUCUCUUGUACUGUACCGAAGUGCAGCAUAUAUGUCUCGUUUGCUGUCGUAGCACGUACGAAUAGGGAUAAGAUAAUCAUUAUCACGUGCUCGAUCGGCAAUUGUAAGCCGAUAUUUGGAUUCACAAAACAUACGUGCUCGAUGGAAGUAUUUUUCUUUCCUUUCUCUGGGAGGGGAGGCGGCGUAAGCCUGGAUGCCGUGCAAAAUUAGUCAGCAGGCGCGUGUCAAGCGUGCAAAUCUCGAUCACAUGGCAGCGAAUCUCGAUCGGUUGAAUGGGUGCACAGUGAUCUUGACCCAAACUGGAUUGCUGGAAAGAGACGUGCAAAUCGCUUUGAUUCAUUUCUUUACAACGAGCUUGAUCGAUGGGGGCCUGUUGAACUCAACAGGAACCAAGAGCCCAUGCUGCACGUGCGCCACCCACAUGACAAAAAGCUCAUAUUGCAGUCUUCACGUAGAAGAACAUGAACCCACUCAUAUUUCAGACUAGCUCGGACAUUUGGCACCCCUUCAUCAAAAGGAUAGGAGUAGCGACAGAUAUGUUGUUAAGAUGGUGGCUUCAGGCAUACUGACGUACUUCCUUCGUUACUAAAUAUUUGUCUUUCUAGAUAUUUCAACAAGUGACUACAUACAGAGCAAAAUGAAUGAAUUUACAUUCUAAAAUAUGUUUAUAUACAUCCAUAUGUGAUAGUUCAUUUGAAAUCUCUAAAAAGACAAAUAUCUAAAAACGAAAAAAGUAUUAUUUUAUAAGGUUUUUAUAAAUAAUUAAUAAUAUGGCUGCAUGCAUCAUCCAGAUAUGCAAAGGCUGGGG